AUGUUCUCAGCGCGCUUUGACGGAGGCGAAGUGGAGCACAUGUUCCGAAGGAUCCACAGAAAACUUGAGGGUCGCGGGUACAAGAUCUUCAUGGUAGAGGCAGAUGCUGGAGAAGACUUCGGGAGAAAAACGUCUGCUUUCCUGGGCCAGCUUAAGAAGCAGAAGGGCGUGCUCCUGGCGGUGUGCACGGACCACUACGCGGAGAUAACCAGAUCCCCCUACUCAUCCUAUGAGGAGUUGCGCUUUUGUUACAACAACCGGAUAGGCAUCCUCCCCCUUCGGCUCUGCGAAGAAUGGCCCCCCGACCCUCCAUCUGGGCCUGAGCAUCCAUACGACAAAGAUGGCGAGGCAUGUGGAUUGCUGAGCCUGGCGAUGCCCGACAACGUGGUCUUUGUCGAGUGCCGCAGCAGAAGCGAGGAUGACAUCGCCAUGGAUAUUGCUGAGCAAUUGCACCGCGGCGGGCUUACCUCCGGACAUGGCAAGGAGGCCAGGCGUGUGUCCGGCUGCCAGAAUUUUAGUUGCUAG